UCCCUAUGGGCAGGGCUUUGGGGCCCGCCCUUCUCGGAGCCACACCUCCGCCCUUUCGGCCGCGACGGGUAACCCCCGCCCCUCCCCCCGCGGAGAAGGACCGAGCCCCUUUAAGAGCCUCACCCCGGCACAGACGCCGGAGGGGCGUGACCGGCGAGGCCGGAAGAGCCGGGGACACCGGGGGCCCGGGAGCGAGCCCUGGGCGCGGCGGCGGCAUGGAGGAAGGGGGGGCCCCGGAGCCCGUCUGCCGCUUCUACCUGGAGGGGCGCUGCCACUUCGGGGCCCGCUGCCGGCUCCCCCACCCCGGCGCCGAAGCCCGGGCUGAGCCUCGGCCCGGGCCGGCCUCGAGCCCCGAGGGCAAGAAGCCCUCCAUGAAGACGGCCCAGGCGGUGAUCGACCGCAUCCGCUGGGACCCGCACCUGGACCCCGCCGACUUCUCCGUGGGCUACCUGGACCGCUUCCGCGGCGUGCAGGAAGAGCCCUUCGCCGCCUUCUGCUGGGACGAGGAGCUGGCUGCGCUGGGCCCCGGGGUGCUGGCCGUGCCCCAGCACCGCAUCCGCUACUUCCGACACCGCGGCCGCCUCGUGUGGGACCGCGCCUCCCGCACCGACCUCGUCUUCGGCUCGGCCGCGGGCCGCGGGACCACCAUCCUGGACGGGCUCGCCGCGGCCGGCGGCCCCGGAGCCGGAGAAGAGGACGGCGGACCAGGGUCUGAAGCCAAAGGCCGGGGAGAGGGCGGGCCCGGAGCCCCGGAAGAGGACGGCGGGCCUGGGACGGAGCCCCUCGGGCCGAGCGGCCGCUCCGACAGCGGGGGAGGGGCCGCCGAGGGCCUCCGCCCCACGCAUUUCGUAGCCCUCCCGAUAACGGACCCGCAGCUGCGGGCGGCAGCAGUCGGGGCCCAGGCCGGCCUGGCCGGGGCCGUGAGUCCCCGGGCCCUGCACCUGACCUUGGUCCUGCUGCGCCUCGCAGGCCCCGGGGAGGUGGCCGCGGCCGCGGGGGCCCUGAGACAACUGGUCCGGGGCCCCGGCUUCCCCUGCCCCAGGACACUCCACUUCCGGGACCUGGCGUGCCUGGGCCACAGACUCAUCUACUCGCUCCCGAGCCCGGGCCUCGAGGGCUUGGCCCGCACCCUGGCCCAGUCCCUGGAGGCCGAGGGGCUCCAGGUCCUGGAACCCGCAGGCCAGGAGCUCGGCCCCCACCUCACUUUGGCCAAACUGCCUCGGGGGAGCCCGGGCCGCUUGUCGCUACCCGAGGCCCGGGGGGACGCCGAGCUGGGCAGCCAGGUGGUGGAAGAGCUCCAGCUGUGCUCCGUGGGAGGGGCGCAGGGGCCCGAAGGGGGCUCCUCUAUAUUAGCCCAGGUGCCCCUGGCGCCCUCCACCCUGCCAGGGGCUCUCCACUAGCCGCGGGAGGCCGCGCCAAAGGCACCCUCCCGCCUCCUCAGUGGCAGUGGGGGCCGAGCCCUCCAACCCCAAGCAGCACCCCUUGAUGGGAGCACCCCAAGGCGGGGGAAAGAGGGGACAAACAGGCAAAACAAAAAGCCAACCACGUCCAGGAUUUAGUUCAUUCUCUCUCUUUCUCUCUUCUUUUUUUUUUUCUUUAAUUAACUUUCUCU